GCUGCGGGCGGCUGGCGGUUGCCGGAGCGGGAGCCGCAGUGCGCUCGGGGCGGGAAGGGAAGGGCAGGAGCCGGGCCGUCGGUGCCCGGCCGUCGACACUCACCCGGGAGUCCUCACCGGCUCCGCGGCGGCCUUCGCCUCCUCUCCUCCUGUCUCUUCGGUCGAAGUUCUCACUCAGAUGCAAGGACAUACUAAGAAAUGAAAGAGUCACUCAUUCUGAUUUCUUCUGCUGUGAAGCAAGAAACAGUAGAAAGGCACACAUUUUAAGGUGGAAGGAGAGCUAUCGGCAUAUCCAGUGAAGGAAAAGCAUUCAUUAACACAGGUUUGAGGAUCAGUGUUUGGCCUCACCAGUGAAAAAGGAGGCAGCAGCGUUGAGAGUUUAUGCAGAAUGGCAAACAGAAGUAUUGAACAACUAAAUAAUACUUCAAAUGAAGAUAAAACUUCACAGGCAACUCUGAAAAUGGCAGAGUCACAGGACUUCACUGACAAGGCAAAUACCACAGAACAUUCAGAUUUGCCGCUAGAAGUAGAUGAAACUACCCUUUUGAAUAAAAACAGUCAGAACGAGGAGCCUAUCCGAAAACAUCGUCAUAAACUCUGGAAGAUAUGUGCAUGCCCACCUCAAGGAAUCAUCGCUAGUAUACUAACAAAGGUGAUUAUGGUGAUCCUACUGUGGGCUGUUGUCUGGUCAAUCACAGGCCCAGAGUGCCUCCCUGGUGGUAAUUUAUUUGGAAAUCUGAUUCUGUUCAUCUGUGCAGUUCUGGGAGGAAAGCUUGUGGGAAUGAUCAAAUUCCCGAAUCUGCCUCCAUUACCACCUCUUCUAGGAAUGCUGCUUGCUGGAUUUGUUCUCCGAAAUAUUCCUGUGGUCAGUGAAGCUAUUUACAUUGACUACAAGUGGUCAUCAUCCUUGAGAAGUAUAGCACUUGCGAUUAUUCUCACCCGAGCUGGACUGGGGCUAGACGCAAAGGCUCUUAGGAAAUUGAAGGCUGUGUGUCUCAGGCUAGCAUUUGGCCCCUGUCUUGUUGAAGCGUGUGUUUGUGCUGUUCUUGGACACUACCUACUGAAUCUACCCUGGUCUUGGAGUUUUAUUCUGGGGUUUGUGAUUGGUGCAGUAUCUCCUGCUGUGGUUGUCCCAUGCAUGUUGCUCCUUCAGAAAGAACGCUAUGGGGUGGAGAAGGGAAUCCCAACACUACUAAUGGCUGCAGGUAGCUUUGACGAUAUCUUAGCCAUUACAGGCUUCAACACAUGUCUUGGGAUAGCCUUUUCAUCAGGUUCAAUGAUUUCCAAUAUACUCAGGGGAUUCCUUGAAGUUCUCAUUGGGGUGGCAGCAGGAGCUGCUAUUGGAUUGUUCCUUCGAUAUUUUCCUAGCAGGGACCAGGAAGAUCUUGUGAUGAAGCGUUCCUACCUCCUUCUGGGUCUGGCUGUGUUUGCCAUUUUUGCUACAGGGCUCUUUGGUUUCCCUGGUUCUGGAGGACUCUGUACCAUUGUCAUGGCCUUUCUUGCUGGGGUCGGAUGGGUUGACGGCAAGGGGGGAGCUGAAGGUAUCACUGCCAAUGCCUGGGCCAUUUUUCAGCCAUUACUAUUUGGACUGAUUGGAGCAGAAAUAUCUGUUGCUUCUCUAAAUCCUUAUACAGUUGGUCUUGGAAUCGCAACUCUAAGCAUUGCUCUUGUAGUCAGAAUCUUGGUAACAUUUUCAAUGGUACACUGCUCUGGAUUUAACAUUAAGGAAAAAAUUUUUAUUUCCUUGGCUUGGGUUCCUAAAGCCACAGUUCAGGCUGCCAUUGGGUCUGUGGCUUUGGACAUGGCACGGAUCCGAAAUGAAAAGACUGCGGUGGAGUAUGGAAUGAUUGUUCUCACUCUGGCCUUCCUGGGAAUCCUGAUCACAGCUCCAGUUGGAGCAGUUAUUAUCGGCUUGCUUGGGCCAAAGCUACUGCAGAAAGAAAAGCAGCAGACACCAGAGAACACAGGUACCGAAUCACGGACCGUUUUAACAUGUGAACCCGCACAAGGAGUAGAAAAUGACAUUGAGGUCUGAGGUGCUCACCAACAUUUGUUGCCCUUAUUAUUUUCCCAAAAGAAUGUCUGCAAUGGGUUUCACCUGAAAUUUGUUUCCUGGAAGUAGUUCUGCAGACAGUGGAGGAAAUGGCUUUUUAAAGGUUUUUUAAUUAAUGUUUGUACAUUAUGUAGAUUUAUUUUUAAAAGAAACAAUGAAAAAUUUACAAAAAUGUAUAUUUGAAACUUUUAGUUCUGUGGAAAUCAACAACACUUAGCAAUUUGCUUGAUAUUAUGGAUAUGUUUGUGCAAUGAUCUUGAUACUACUGUUCCCAGGGUUGUGGCCAGUAUUUUGGAAGGACCCUGGCCAUUAAAUAAUAACUUAGCCAGGAAAUCUGUGUGAGCUUGCUCAUAGUUUGUUCGUUAUUCAAAUGCCACUCAAUGAUAAGUCACCACAUUCCUGGAACCUGGCAUAGGUGAAUCCCGAUUUCACUUGUGCAGUAGGACUGAUGUGGACUGAUUGAUGUGGACUGAUGUGGACUGAUUGAUGUGGACUGAUGUGGACUACUCCCACACUGCUGUGUUUCACCAGUGUAAAGCAUCUGCCAGAACAGUGCGGUCUGAAGAUUGGUGCUGCCCCACAGCCAGGCCUGAAGAUAAACAGGCUGGAAUUAACCUGAACUUUUCAUGCUUUUUAAAAAAAAUUACUUUUCCCCUUUUAAUUUUAGGUGUCUGUGGCAGAAAGGGUGCUAGACACCUUCCCCAGACCAGGGAGUUCAAUAAUCACCUGUUGAAUACCUAUCCAUCUCUCCCUCUGGAGAAGAUGUGAGUGUUUCCUGUAUUGUGAACUUCUGUGAUUCAUCCCUCUCUGUGCUGGGUUGUGUUUACAGCAAUGUGUUUACACUCAGGGUUGUGCCUCUCAAUCAACACACAUGCAAAUAAUGUUGCUGAGUCCCCUGAUUCUUUUUCCUUGACUGUGUGUAAUUUGAAUUAAUCUUAUGGAUUAUCUGUAAAUGCCUUUACAGAUUACUUUCUGUGCAAAGGCCAUGAAAUAAAUCAAGGCUGGAAAAAUUUUGAAGUUUCUGAUAAAGUUUCUACCUUUGGACCUCAGCCUGAGUUGUGUGAGUUACAGAAGCUGUCAACAAUGAGUUAUAAACUGCAGUUCCAAUCAUACACCACUGAUCACUCUGCUGAAAGUAAUUAAAUCACCAUGAAAUUCGUUUGGUGAGUCAUACUGUGCAUCAUAACGUAAAGUGUCCCAGAACAACCAGUAAAUCUAUUCAAAAACCAAAGAUGUUCUGGCCAGUGUUCACUCUGCACAAGACUGAGCUGACGGGGUGUACUUGCAGAGACUGCUGUAGUACACGCCAUUACCAGGUAACAAAUGAUUCUCUUUUCACUGACAUUCAUUAGUUGAUUUCAUCCACAAGUCAGAAAGUACUCAAAAAUCACUCGAUGCGGUAACCACACCCCCACAGUGUUGUAACAAAUGGCAUCAAAAGCAUAUAAAACUGAAAGAACAGUUACCAAAAAUGGAGAGGGGAAACGCGUUCUACCGGUUGUAGAACGAGUGUAUCCACGUACGCCAGACUUUUGAAUUUAAUAUUAUGGGAGUUCGUUAAUAUGUAGGCAUGUCCAUAAAUCGAGCAUUUGUAACCCGGGAACAGCCUGGAUACCAUUCACAGCCCCAAUGAAUAUGUCAGCCCUGAAUCUCAAUAGUUUAUAACUCUUAAAAUUUAUUAUUUAUUAAAUAGAAGCUUAUGAAUGAGAAUAUAGAAAUUGCUACCGUGUGUAAUGCCUGAGGCAAAUGCCACUGGUGCAUUGAAAGGAAGCUGGAUAAAUACACUGAGGGGAACGGGAAUAAAAGUCAUAGUGUGGGAUGAAGGAAGAUGGGUCACGUGGAGCAUAAACGUUGUUGUUAAUCUGUAGGACCAACUGGCUCACAUUUACAGAGGUAAGCAAUAAAGAUUCUGAAUGUCAUGUGAAAACAUUAAACUAAGAUUUUUUUUACACAAGAGGGAAAUCUAUGAGGUGACCGAAUUAACUUUUAAGAUUGUUAAAAUUGGCCAGAUAUUCCAUUCACUGCAGUGAAGGGUUCAAGUGUCACAAGAGGCAACAAUUAGAAAUAAAAUAGAAAGUCAAGUGGGACAUUUCACACAAGAGAUGCUAAACCUAUGAAAUGUAUUAUCAGGAAAACACACUGAAGUGCACAGUUGUUUCCGGAUGUUGAUGCAUCUAUUGCAUUUUAACUGUUCCAAAAAUUGUUCUGUAUUUAGAGCUGGCUUGUAUGUAAUGUUAAUUUAAUGUUGGAAUGAGCGUUAAUUUGUUUUGUAUGUGAGGGAGGGAGGAUGGAUGAGAAUAAAUGGUUACUGGUUUUGAGGUAAAAGUCCACAAAAUACAUUUUGUAAUUCAUGUGUAUUUUGUUAACACCAAUAAAAUAGCAGGAAAA